CAUUUGACGGAUAGUCUGAUUUUCCAAAUAAAUACAAAAAUUAAUUUUUGUUAUGAAAUCCUGUUUUCAAAUUAUAUUUUAUAAGAAGUAAAAUUACAAAUUAAAAUGUCCCAUGAAGUACCGGAGAUCUCAUGCCCUGAUAAUUCAACAAUGUAUGAGUCGCUGAAUGAUUCAGAUUUGGCCAACAUAAAAGAUGAAGCUGAUAUUAAAAAUCCGCAGAAUAGCAGUUCAUGCCACAUCUUCUGUACCUUAUGUCUACGGAGCUGUGCUCCCCAUAUGCUGCUUGAAUUCAGUUCCUACAAUGACCACGGAGUUGUCAACGUACGCGUAGCUGAGCAAAAAGUGCAUCAUGCGAUAGGAUUGUCUCUGAAGCUGAAACAGCACGGCAUGUGCCUCACUUGCUGGAUGUUGAUCGAGCUAAUUACGGACUUUAAGGAAUGCUGUGUAAAGGCUACCAACAAGCUUUCCGGGCUCUCAAUGGGUUUGGCAAAUGACGAUGAGUGGAAUUCUGAAAACAUUCUUAAUGGAAUCGAUAAAAACCGUAAAGUUAUUUGGGAACAUAUCGCUCUGAUUGAUUCGCAAAACAAACUUGCUUCCUACAAAAGCUUAGAUACGGAACAGAAUUCGGUAUCCCUUUCAGAUGUAAAAGUAAAUGAUUUUAUGGACGAUGUUCGCAGUGAUAUGCGAACAAAAACUACCGUAUUGAAAAGAAAAUAUCCUAAAAGAAAAAGUUCUGCCCGGAGCAAACAAUCUGGCGUCGAUGUUGAUGUUGACGAACAUACGAGGGAACAAACUCCAAACAACCCGACUGUAGAAUCUGAACCCAGCGAACUGGAGAAAGAUAACUACCAAGUAAUGAUUGCUUCAUGCGACAGCUGUGUCAGAAAAUUCGAUGGCAAACGCGCUCUCAAAAUGCACAAAGCGCAUUGCACAUUGGAAUGUCCAUCGAGCAGGAAAUACUACAGCUGUCCGAUUUGCACGGCCUCAUUCUCCGAGAACAGCGGUUUAACAUUCCACAUGAACAAACACAAAGGCACGAGGCCAUACAAAUGCCGAAAGUUUUGCGAUAGGACCUACGCUAGUAACUACUCCCGCAUCAAACACGAGCGAGCAUUCUGCGAGCAGGAAAACCGUAUUUGUCCGAUUUGCGGGGCAUCGUUGAAGAACGAGGGUUGUCUUAAUAGACAUAUGCAGCACGUACACGGUGAAGCAAAGUAUGCCUGUGAAAUAUGCGGCAGAAGGUUCAGGAAUCACAAUGUUCUGGCCGACCAUAGACGGGUGCAUUCAGACGAGCGAAAGUAUAGCUGUGACGAAUGCACCAAACGAUUCAAGAGUCCGUUCGCGCUUAGAAAUCACAAGCGAAUUCACUCGCCGAUACGGCCAUUUCCCUGCCAUGUGUGCGAUCAUGCCUUCUACUACAAGGUUCUUUUGAAGGCUCACAUCCAACGACAUCAUGGUUCAAAUGCUAUUGGAUAGCAUCAUCGACGGUGUGAAAGACCUGGUGCUAUGCAAUAUGAAUUAGGUAUUACUCCAUUGAUUUGAUUAAAUACCUUAAAUCAUUCAAACAGUAUAUAACAAUAUACUAAUAAUUAUACGUGAGGGCUAAUGGAAGCGGUGAGGUCUCCCGAUUUCUUACUAUAAAUCUCACUGAAAAGCCGGAAUAAUCCCCUACGUAAUCAUUGUAUCGGCCCUUGGUAUUAUCGCAACGAUGCUCAGUCUGAGAUAUUAUUUAAUCAAAUCAAAUGCAGUAAAAUAAAUAAAAAAUAUAGAUCUUAAACCAUAGCUCAUUCGAAAACAUGCUGGGUACGCUUCUUUGGAAAUUAAGGAUUUGCGUUGACACUUCCAGCCAGAUGUUUCGUUCGACCAGCCAAUAAUGUUUCUCACUACUAUUGUCCUACAUAAAAUAAAAUUGAAAUAAAUAUGUACUGAACAUGAUAA